CGCCACGUGUUUCCUGAGCACGUGGGCGCGUCCCGCGGGGGCGAUGGCGGAGCGGCGAGCGUGCCUUCCGUCCUGAUGGGAGCCGUGCCUGUAAAUCGCGCUGUGGUGUGCGUGGAGCAGCGCUGCGAGGGUGCCCGGCACACGCGGCAUCGGUCAGCCGUUGUGUGAGAUGCUGCCAAGUGCUGCUGUCUAUUACUUCCCCUGGGAGAUCAACAGCUCAGUCCCUGAGGGGAAGACACUGAGGACGUUUGGCAGGUUAUGCUCCUAUGACCUGGCCCGAUCUGAAGCCAUUCUCACCACGCAGCACAACUCGGCUCAGUACCAGGUCUGUGUUGACACCAAGUUUGUGGAGCCAUUCCAAGCCCAAGUGGGAUCUUCCUACAUGGUCCUGGGAGAGGCUGAACACAGGGAAGAAACUUCCAGUCCUGUGGUAAAAGCACGAAUAUUGACCUGCGUGGAGGGGAUGAAUGUGGCCCUGCUGGAACAAGCCAUCCAGGAGCAGAGGAAAUACUUCAGUGAGAGGCAGGAGCAGAGGGAAAGCAGCACAUCCUGACAGCAGCUCUGAGACCAGCCACACGCUGGUCCUUGCACUACCAUUUGCAGCAAAUAUGUUCAAAGUAAAUUAGGGUAAUUUAGUAAAUUUGCUGUGGCAAGCAGCAAAGUCACUGAGCAGGGAAACACUUUGAAGACUGAGUCAAUGUGUGUGACUGUGGGCUCUCCAUUCCUGCCCCAGGUGUCAUGACUGAAAAUAGUUCUGGGAAGCAGGUUUGUUGUUUGCUUGAAAGGGUGGUUAAGGAAAGGGAACACUUGGAUUACACUGCUUCUUUCAUAAUGCACAACAGGAAGAAGUCAUCUCUGAAUCUGGAGUUAAGCAGCUCACCUUUGGCAGAUGGGGGGAAAGGGUAUUAGCACAAAGUUCAUUAGCCCUGCCUGGCUGUGGGCCCAUGAGUGCCUGUGUUGGGGAACCCUGACUCAGCUGCCACACAGGAACAUUCCUGGCAAAACACUCACCUAUCUGGGCUGACCAAAGAAACAAGAAGAACAAAGAGUCACUAUUUUCAGUAGCACCUGCCUCUUCAGGUAGGAAGAACUGGUAUCUAAGGGGAGGAUUAAUUCAACUCUAAAAUAAAUAUUU